UCGUUGUGAGUUUAUGUACCGCCCUAAACCAGAAAAGGUACAGGCGGCGGCGGAAGCGACGACGAUUACCACCGCCACCACUACCACGGCGAAGGGGAGAGACAUUUUCUUCCUCUAGUUGGUGAAUCCCACCGCGUCGGUCAGAAUUAUGAGAGCUGUCCGGUGCUCUCCCCGGCGCCUCUCUUCGUGGCGUCCAAGCUGCAUUCACGCCUCCAGAUUCCUCCUAUCCUCCCCUGCCUCCCUGUCACCUCCCUCUCAUAAUGCUUCCGAGGAAUCAACAGCUCAAGAUCCAGAGGAUACCUCGGAUCCCCUCCCCUCUCCAUCCUCUGAAGCAGUGAUCGAGUUCCUUCUCAGCAAUCAGCACAAGCCCAACGACGCCCUCAAGUUCUUCAAACGGUCUCGGAUUCAGGAUGGCAUGGAUGGAGAUUUGCGCAAAGUCGAUUCCUUAUGCAUCAUGCUCCACAUCCUCGCCAGCGCCGGGAAGGUAGCAAGUGCUCAGAAUUUGAUGAAAAAUUCGAUCCAAUCUGGUUCUGUUCCACGUCCCAGCAUUCUGGUCCAUCGGCUGAUCGAGAUGGCAAGUAAGUGCGGCUCUAAUUCUAGUUCUUUCGAUCAUCUCUUGACUUUCUACACAAGAACUGGAAAGGUAGAAGAAGCCGUUGAAGCUUUCAAGAGUAUGGUCGAGAAUGACAUCUUUCCUUGUGUCGAAUCUAGGAAUGGUUUAUUGCUCUCGAUGCUCAGAUCAGGUUCCUAUAGCACAGCUCUAGAGCUUUUUGAGGAGAUGAGGGAUAAAGGAAUGAAUUAUGACAAGUUUACACUUGACAUUGUCAUGAAUGUCUGCUUGAAAACAGGGAAAUCAGAGGAUGCCGAGGCGUACUUUAGAGAAGCUGUUGAUAAGGGACAGGUGCAGCCUGAUGCGGUUUCUUAUCAUACAUUGAUUCAGUCAUCCUCCAAGAAGCCCGAUGCCAAGAAAGCUUGUGAUUUUUUGAGUGAGAUGAAGAAUGCUGGGUUGGUUCCUUCUGCUUUCAUUUAUAAUGUCGUUAUUGGAGCUUGUAUUAAGCAAGGUGACCUUGAAAAGGCAUUGAGUUUGAAGGAUGAGAUGCUUGGUUGUGGUCUUGUGAUGAAUUUAGUUCUCGCAACUAGUCUGAUGAAAGGUUACUGUGUAAAGGGCGACCUUAAUAAUGCUUUGGAUUUGCUGGCUAAAGUCCGCGACCAAGGUAUUGAGCCAAACAAUGUUACAUACUGUGUUCUGAUUGAUGGCUGUUUUAAACAUGGAAACGCAGAAAAGGCAAUUGAACUUUACCACCAAAUGAAGGAGAUGAGCUUGGUGCCGAAUGCAUUUACUUUGAAUUCAGUCCUAAAGUGUCUGUUGAAGUCUAACAACUGGACAGAGGCAUAUGGUGUGUUUGAGGAGGGAGUUUCAUCUGGUGUGGCUAAUGUUUUCACCUAUAACUGUCUUAUUCAUUGGCUUUGCCGUGUUGGGAGGCUAAAGGAAGCUUUCAGAUUGUUUAAUAAGAUGGUGGAGACUGGAUUAGAACCCAGUGAAGUUUCUUACAACAACUUGAUAUUCGGCCAUUGUGUCAAGGGAGAUUUGGAUUCAGCAGUCAACUUGUACACUCAGAUGUCUGAGAAGGGUAUAAAACCAAAUGUGAUCACUUAUACGAAUUUAGUGACAUGCCAUGUGAAGAAAAAUAACUUGGACAAAGCUCUUCAACUUGUCAAUGAAAUGCGCAACAUGGGUGUUGCUUGUAAUGAUUAUACAUACAACAGCAUUGUGAACGGUCUUUGCAAAACUGGACAUGUUUCUGUAGCGAAAGACAUGUUGCAGAAGUUUUUGGAGGACGGUUUUAUCCCCGGUGCUAUGACAUACAAUAGCAUGAUUGAUGGCUUUGUAAAGCAGGGCAUGAUGAGCAUGGCACUUUCAACAUAUCGAGAAAUGACUAGUUGUGGCAUCUCCCCCAAUGCCAUUACUUACACCAGUUUGAUUGACGGGUAUUGUAGAAGUAAUUCUGUUGAUCUUACUCUCAAAUUGUGGAACAAUUUAAGAAGGAAAGAUUUUCCAUUGGACAUUGCUGUGUAUAAUAUUCUUGUUGGUUAUUUGUGCAAGGAAGGGAAGAUGGAAGUCGCUUUGUAUCUUUUUAAUGAUCUAGAUAAAGCUGGUUUAGCACCUGAUUCAUCGAUAUACAAUAGCCUUAUCUCUGGCUAUAAGUAUCAAGGUAACAUGGAAGCUGCUUUUCAGUUGCAUAGAAAAAUGGUUAGAGAUAGAAUUCCUUGUGAUACUGCAACCUACACUAAUCUUAUAGAUGGAUCAUUGAAAGUUGGAAAAACAGCCCUAGCUUCUGAAUUUUACUCCAUGAUGCUACAGGACCAAAAUGUACCAGAUGAUGUCACAUUCACUGCAUUGAUACAUGGCCUCUGCAACAAUGGUGAUGUGGAAGGUGCUCACAGAAUGUUACAUGAAAUGGACAGAGUGGAUGUACAACCUAAUGUCGGCUUAUACAACAAAUUGAUUAAUGGGUAUUUUAGAGAGGGCAAGUUCGAAGAAGCUUUUCGUUUGCACGAUGAGAUGCUCGACAGAGGUCUUGUACCCAAUGAUACAACAUAUGACAUUCUAGCAAAUCACAAGCUUUGAGGGAUUAAUUCAUUCAAAUGCAAUUAAUUAAGAAUGUCCAAGACCCCUGGAUGGCAGUAAUUGUCCUGAGGCAGCUUAAUGUUCAUCUUCGAAGGGUGCCUCGAGAGAUUCUCUUGCUGUUUCCAGGGCUAUUCUCUGCUGAAUGAAGGAUGUCUUCAAGGAUUCUCUUCCUAUUCGCAAUGUUAUUUUCUGCUUGUGAAAAUGUAGGCUAGAUUUGACCCUUUGUAGAUGGCUAAUUAUGUCUUGAUGGAGAACUCUGUAAACCCAAGAGUUCCAGCUAAUAACAGUGAACAAGAUGAAAAGGAGAUGAAGUUGAUAGAAUUGUUGCAGAUUUAUGCUUGGAAGAUUGUAUACAACAAACCCUCUUGAGAGAAGUUAUCCACCGAGACAGCCCCCCCUGUUGGUAAUGAUUUCACUUCCUGAAAUAAAAUAUGUUUAGCAGUUUGGCUGAAAGUAUUUAUUUUGUUUUCGACUUUCCUUGUUGAGUUUAUCCAAUAAGCUUUGGCGAAUUGGAUACUCGAGAGUUGAAACUCAAUUUCGAUGGACAGAAACUGAAGGGAUUGACUGAAUACCAGAGUGAAGGAAAAGAAUGGAAGGUCAUUCCUAUUCCAGGAAAAGAAAGUAGUUUCUUACUAAGGCAGAGGAAAAGGUUGCGAGAAAGGAAAUUUAUUACCCUGGAAAAAAAAGAAUGUUUAUAGAAAAAAACGCAGGAAAAAGAUUUUUUAUAUUAUUUAUUUAUUUGUUAAUGAAAUUUUGCAGAAGAUUCACACUUAUUGGCA